UCUCAUUCAAAUCGCUCACGGUGCGGAACGCGAAAGUUGUUUUCUGUCUUCGCGUCCAUCGUCAUCGCGGUUCGUGGUUCGUGCUUGUGGUAGCCCGCAAUUGACGCAAGCUGAACAUUAGUCGAUUUAAAGCACCCGCCUUCGUCACAUUACGAAUUGGUGGUUUAAGGGUGUCUAUCCACCAAGAAGUGGUUCUUGGCAGACGACUGCUUUGAGAAUAGUUAUACGCAAGGAACGCAAUCACUAAAGCUACAGCACUUGAGAAGAGCAUAGUUGUCUGGUGUUAUGUAGUGCAGAUCUCUCCAUUGCUUGUGGGUUGCUAUGUUUUAUCCACCGCCAUCUUGGUACCCGAAACCAUGGCCUACUGUAUGAAGUGAGCCGAUGUUUUGGGGGGAUGUUAAGGGGGUUGUUGCGUGUGUGAGUGUAUGCAAGUGGCUGAUGCUGUUCCGAUGUUGGAAAUGCGGCAGUAAUUUUACGAUUUUGCAACACUGUGCGCGAUGAAGGAUGUUCGUGGUGUGAAAUAAUUUUAUGAAAUUGAGAAACCGGCCAAGUUGGCCUUAGGCCAAAACUUCAAACUGCGUGCUUUUAUUGGAAUGAACAUGCCGACAAAGGUGAUGAAAACAAAGAAAAAUCUAUGGAAACCGUAAAAGGAAACCCCCCGAAGGGAUACGGUGUGCAUUGGGUGUGAGGGGGUAUUGAUUUUUUUGCUACUUUUUCCGGCGCGAGAGGGCGCAUGAAGAGUGGAGAGCGAAGAAGCAGCGAAGAAAAUGUGGUUGCAUGAUUCGUACCUUAAUAAUGUUGGAAAAGGUGGCAGUCCUGUUUGCUCUCGUUGACUUGUUCAAGUGUUGUAGAAUAAAAAGAACAAUUGCAGUGUAUCUAUAUGUGAAUGAUUGUAGUUUUAGAAGUUUUUGCGAAAUCCAUUGAUAUAAAGAAUAAAUAUAAAAUGCUAAUAAGUAAUAACCCAAAGGUGUGUAAUGAAGAUUAUAUAUGAAGACAAACGUUAAAACAGUCCGUACAUUGCCAGACUACUUAUAAAAUUUAAAAGUAAGAGCAAACCCACCAUAAAAAGGGGGAGAAGGAAAUAAGCAACUCAAGUGCGGAGACCGGCAAGCAAAGUGCAAGAAGCCCACACAACGACGACACCAACGGAGACGAAGGAAUGACAUUGUCAACCGACCGUUGAAACGGUUCCUCUGGUGCUGCUGGAAAAUCGAUCGAAGCGUUUCGUCACAAUCUGAAACGCGUGAAAAGGAAAUCGCACACCUAUCUGCGAUAAUCUGAAGCUAUAAAUCAAGCUUCGAUAGAAAUUGCGGUACAUCGUCCGAUGCGCAAAAAAUCCACUAUGGGGUUAUGAGUGAAUAGUGCAAAGGGUAUAAUUUUACAAUCCAUCGAAAAGGCGAGAAGAAAAAUCAAAUUGGUCGAAAGUUUCGUGUUUGAUGUUUGUAACCUAUCGCAAUCCACCGGAUCGAUUGCUCGUGCAUAGUUGAAGAGCAUCGCCCAAACGAAAUAUGAAGCUAUGGGUAAGUGGUGUAGAUAUACAUGGGUAUGUGUGAUCAGUUUGAAGUGCUAAGUUUCAUAAGCUUCAGUAACCAAUUUAUUCGAAGAUUGGUUCGAUCGAUUGAAAGUGAAAAUGGAAAUAAUCGAUGGCCCCGACAGUAGCAUCAAUAGUAGUAUCGAUUGUGCCAUAGGCACUGAUUCGAAGAGAAUAAUCAAGAAAAUGGCUCAAACGCCUCAGGGUCGACACUCGCUGCAGAGUGUCCAGAUGAAGUGUUAAUUAGUGAUAAAAUCCUGCGGCGAAAUAAAUUACGGUGUAUCAAAUAAGUGAGCAAAAGUUCCAAAAAUAUAGUAUUAUCAAAACAAACACGUAUCGAUCUACGAAAAGCAUAGGGGUGGUAUUUGUGUUGUUAUUUUAAGUGAAAUUCACUGAGUCGACUGAGAUGGAAUACAGUAAAGGAGACACGACGGCCGGUUCUACUGGGCAGCAGCAGCAAAUAGCGCGGAUUGAAGAUUACAGCAACGUGAGCACGUCGAUGCAAAAUUUGGUCCAGGAUGAACAGGAUAAUCUGAAAAAGAGCAUGAUGUCCAUCCAGGAGGAGCUCGACCAAAUGGGCAUCAAAAACGACCAACCGCCAGCGUACUCGCAAGCCAUCGCCCGAGACGACGUCAACGUCACCGAUAGCAGCGUGGACAAUGACAACGUGUGCCAGACCGGGUGGCCCAACAUGCCGGGGGCCAUUCCGGGAGUGGCUAACAAACCGGCAGGCUGGAUGGAUGGCCUUUUCGGGUGCAUGCGACCGGUGCUGUCGCUGAUUGGCAAAAGCCACAUCAUGGAGAUGAAGAGCAAACAGACUGAUGACUGGGAAAUCUCGUUCGAUUCCAUCACCGAUAUGGGAUGGAUCGGCAGUGGCGCCCAGGGUGCCGUCUUUCGGGGCAAACUGCAUAACGAACUAGUCGCCGUCAAGAAGGUGCGCGAGGUCAAGGAAACCGACAUCAAACACCUGCGGAAGUUGGACCACGAGAACAUUGUGAAAUUCAAAGGCGUAUGCACCCAGGCGCCAGUGUUUUGCAUAAUCAUGGAAUACUGUCCCUUCGGGCCGCUGCACCACAUUCUGGCCGACGGAAUGGACAUUAUUUCGCCCCGGCGGUUGGUAUCCUGGUCGCAGCAGAUCGCACACGGCAUGCAGUACCUCCAUUCGCACAAGAUCAUCCAUCGAGAUCUCAAGAGUCCCAACAUUCUAAUAGCUGAUAAUGAGGUGAUCAAGAUCUCCGAUUUCGGAACAUCUCGCGAAUGGAACGAGAUCAGUACAAAGAUGAGUUUUGCCGGCACGGUGGCCUGGAUGGCACCGGAGGUAAUCCGAAACGAGCCCUGCAAUGAAAAGGUCGACAUCUGGUCCUACGGGGUGGUCCUGUGGGAACUGCUGACCUGUGAAGUGCCAUACAAGAAUGUGGACUCGUCGCAGAUCAUCUUCGGCGUGGGCAAUAACUCACUCUACCUGCCAAUUCCUUCCAGCUGUCCCGAAGGCUUCAAGCUCCUCAUCAAACAAUGCUGGAGUCCCAAGCCUCGGAACAGGCCCUCGUUCAAGAUCAUCCUAACGCACUUGGAGAUCGCAAGCAAUGAACUGCUGAGCCAGUGCACCGAAGAACAAGGGUAUUACGAAACGCAAAAAUCCUGGCGAGAAGAGAUCCGAAGCCACAUGCAAAAGCUGACCAGCAAUGGGAUGGACAUUCAGAAGUACGAGCAAGAGCUGAUCAAAAAACGAAAGGAUGAGUGGAAACAUGCCCAGGAUAUCCGGAUGGUUUACCAGCGUAAACUGGAGAGGACGAAUACCAUGUACCUGCAGCUGAGUGCGAUCUACGUGCAGCUGAAACAAAAGGAAAAGGAGAUUGCAGAACGCGAGAAGCAACUCCCCGGCUACAAACCCCGAAAAUGUGGCAACCUACUCAAGCGAAGCGGAGACAAAUCCAGUCGAAAACGUACAGCGGUCAACGUUCCACCAACGGUUCUGAGUCCAACUCAACAGUCUCAAGCCCAAGUACCAUUCCCAACAGGGAUGCAGGUCGUCCCUGGUGAAUCCACUACCCCUAGUCCAACAUCGGCCCCAAACACUCCCAUGAAGGCCACCUUAUAUGCUCAAUUAGAUGGUACGAACAAUAGCCCCAAAUCUGUAGUCAUCAUUCCUCCCGGAGUGGUGGGUUCCGGGUCAAACUCAGCCGGGCGAACGAAGAAAUUCCGCCACAGACGGGUUGGUUCCGGAACGUUCAACUCCCCCAAAUCAAGCCCCAGUCGUGAUCGGCGCGUUCAAAGCGAACCGGAAACCCGUCACGUGAAACUUGUCGACACCGAAACGCAGACCGACGCUAUGGAUAUUAGUGAGACUGAUGCGAGCCCUAGUCCUAACUUGGCCUCGAAACGAAUGUCAACUAGCCUACGAGAAGAGGAAGAUCUUGAAGAACGACUUAAACUGGCUCAAAGCACAGAUUUGAGCCCAGCCCAACCGCAGACGCCACCUCCGCAAGGAUACCGAUGUGGCAAACCCCAGUCCGAGGAUGACGGAGAAGUGCCUGAGGAUGAGGAGAAUGGAAACUCAAUCUCCACACCUAUGACGAAUAGUCGAAGCAGUGACAUGCUGACGAGUAGCAACCACCAACAACACCAUCAACUUCAUGACCUGGACGAUGAGGACGAGGUAGAUCGGGUCUGCUCGAGUCCAGAUCCAAUCAUGGACGUGAUGAAUAGCAAUGAACGACUGGAUCGUGACUGUAGUGAUGACGACAAGAUUGACACGCUGAACCGAAAGGUUAGCUUCAUCUCGGAAAAGCUACAGCAGCAAAGUGUGAGUGCUGGUGGAGUCGGUGGCCACGUGCAGCAACUGACGGACUACAGUAACAUCCUGAACGAUAACAAUGUGAUUGUGUAUCGCGCCAACAAGAUGCUGAACGGAAGCUUUGGGAAAGGCAGCCAACGGACGGAUGGAAGUGGUGCUAUUCUGAUGAAACAUCCGACGGCGGGAAGCAACCUUAAUGCGGGAGGCAGUGCAGUUGGUGCAUAUGUGUACAGCGGAAACGGUGUGGUGGACGAUCCAUUGGCGAGGCAAAACGAGGAAAAGUGUAACGAUAGCUGGACCGACGAGGAAGGCGAGGACCCCAUUGAGCUGUACAAUUAUGCGCUGCGGAGAAAGAGCAUUGCUCGUCUUCCCAUCAAGCGUGGUCGUCGAAGUAAGGUGUUCCCGAAUGCAGCAGCCCUUGCCUCUAGUCCACUGGCUGCAUCCGCUCAGUGCUACCAACAUCCCACCUCACCGUCAUCAAGUGCUUCACCGUCACCUGCCGCCGCCCUGGCUGGUGACUUCGCGCCACCCGCUUCCAUCGUUGGAUCGAUAGUCCACGUCAAGCACGCAUCAAACGUAACCAUUUCGGACGAGGAGAACACCUCCGAGUACAGUCACGCCCCAUCCAGUCAGCGGUCGACGCUGGAAAGCAAUCCGGAAUUACCAUCGGCCAUCAAGCACCAUCGGAUCAAGCAACAGCAACCCAUGCACAAGAGCACGACUUCCGCUAAGGACACCGAUGAUGACGAUGACGAUGACGACGUUGACGAUGAUGAGGACGAAAUCGGAGUCGACUCGACCAACAACGACUCGUGCGAUUCCAGCUCGGACGAGGACAACGAAAGGGUUGGCCAGGGCAAAAAGUGUCGCCGCGCCGCCAACAAAGACGUGGAGAAUGGCAAUAGUUACUAAGACUGGUAAGCGUGAGGGACCGCGAGGGAAGCGAGUGUGAUUUAUGGAAGAUCUUUAUUUUUCUACGGCAAACUGUGUUGAGUUGAGAUUAGUUGUUAAUUUUUGUACUCUUUGUGGAGCAAUACUACGUUUAGGAUUGUUUUUUUUUGUUCGUUAAAUAAGUGUGUCCAUUGCCUGGGUUUCGGUCCAAAGGAACGAAUCCCACUUUCUCUGUUUCAUUCCGUUUCAGCAUUGUGAGAAAAGACUUUAAUAUAUAAUAUAAGCGAUAUUAUACGGAAUAAUAGUAACUUUAUUGUAUAUUAAUAAAGAUAUGAUGAUUGCGAAGCAGUAGACUAAAUACGGAUUAGGAGUCGAAAACAAAAAAAAGAAUACCGCAGGAAUUAAGUUAAGGGUGUAUGAUGAAUUGCAUGGAAAACUUUCGCGCCCAUGUUGGCUUGUAGCAUGGGCCGAAAUGGCGUACAUAGGCUACUUUAAAACUGUAUAGAAAAUACCUCUGUGAAAAGUCCUAUUACCCGCGAAAUGUGUAAAUUAUUAGUUUUUACAACUUUGAGUUCAUGAAAGUGAUACAAAUCGUGAUUAUUUUUUGUGUACAAGCAUAGAGAUAAGCAUGAGAAGAAAUCGAUGUGUAAUGUAGAAAUAAAUUAUACAGCUAUAUGUAUUAUAGACCGAAGGCACAUGCCUUGCCCAAUACCUUAUUACUAUUCAACACAAUUUCGUCCAAUACUGUAAUUUUAGAAACAGAAAAGAUUUUUUUAUUUUGUUGCGUCUUUCCCUUGAUUAUUCUAUGAUGUCGAAACUUUUCUCGGUUAAAAUGAUGUUACUCAAGGUGUUAUAAGACCAUACUAGCUCAGGGCUCUCUUUAUCCCAGAAUCGGCACUAACUUGCUUCGAGAGUCCAUCAACUCUCUUCAGCAGGAAAGAACUGUUACCAAGCCUUACUUAAUUAAAACGGCUGCUAUAGAACGUAAUCAGCAUUAAGAUCGAUGAGAGAGCUCCAAUAUGUUUCUGUCUUCUUCGGUUUUCCCGUAGAGAAAUCCAUUCAAAUCUGUUGACCAGUUUUCAAGCCAUUUCGUGACAUACAAAUACCAUUAAAUUUUUGUGUCAAUAGAAUGUAUUCAUCAUUAAAUAAAUAUCCUUUCAAAAUUGGCUCAUUCUCACCUCUACAUUGGGUAAAACAAACUUGAAUUGAUUGCAAGGAAUACUUCAUCAAGUUUCCACAUGUGUUGAGAAUUGCUCUCUGGACUCCCUAAAAAUGGGUGGUAGGUUCUUUUCAAUCGGGGGCUGUCAGUUCAAUCGAAGAUGGCGUCGAAACAGUAAGCCCGCCGCUAGCGUGUUGUAGGGAUUUACGAAACGCAUGGUCAUCGUGGAAAAAAGAUUCCGGUAGAACACUUUCGAGACGAAAACGUGCCCGGGAGUACAGUUUACCGGAUCUGUCUGAGCGUGGAGCGAAAGGCCGGUAGUGGUCGUCCGGCGAAGGUAAUGACGAAGAAAAAGGUUUCUUGAACGUUGAAAAAGCUAUUCGUCAGCAGGGACGGAACGAGUUUGCGUGAGGCCGGCCGAAAAUAUCACUGCUCCCAUACCUUGAUUCACUGAACCCUCAAGAUGGAGGGCAUCAACUGUCGGAAGAAGACUCGGUCUCCCGAGCACAGCAUAUAGCGAACGUGAAAUCGCAGUACCGGUGGAUGACGAAGAACUACCGCCAAGAAGACGCUGUAGUAUCUUGAGCAGACCAACUUGCCCCAGUGCCGUCCCAUUGGACAUUUUUUAGGAAGAAUGACAUCAGUGCCAUCCAGCGCUCUUGUCAAAAAAUCAGUCCAGUGCUCAGCCUAGUACCCUGGCUGAUAACCCGGAUCUCCGUAUAACAUGUUC